CUCUCGCCUCUAAAUUGCCUGCAGCUCAAUUAGUCAGACAGCCGCGCUGCGUCUGAUCAAUGUGAGCUUCUUCAUAGUCGCACGCAGGGGACAGGGAGCUGACUCCUCACCAUUUCCCCCUUUAACAUGUCCACUUUGCCGCUCCUUUGUGGCUUUUGUUUCUCCCUCUAACUCCUCUCACCAGCACCCGCUUGCUGCUGGAUUAAAUUGAAAAAAAAAAAAAAAAAAAAAAAGAGAGAGCAAUGCAACAUCGGACCCGAGUGUUCUCCCUCCAUUGAUUCCAACGAUUGUCACACGAAGUGCACGCCGCUUUUGUUCAACGAGGAAACGUCGCAAGGUUCUGCAGCCUCUGCAAGAAACGCGGAGCCGGAGCUACUGGAGCGCUCGACUUGCAGGCUCUCAGCCAUACGAGCAGGAGCACCAUGUCCUCAUCCAGGUUCAAGAAGGAUAAAGAGAUCAUUGCGGACUACGAGACCCAAGUGAAAGAAAUCCGUAACCAAUUGGUGGAGCAGUUCAAAUGCUUGGAGCAACAAUCGGAAUCACGCAUCCAGUUGCUGCAGGACCUGCAGGAGUUUUUCCGCCGCAAGGCAGAGAUCGAACUGGAAUACUCCCGCAGUUUAGACAAACUCUCCGAGAGGUUUUCCUCCAAAAUCCGCAGUUCUCGGGAACACCAGCAGUUCAAGAAAGACCAGCACCUGCUGUCCUCUGUCAACUGCUGGUACCUGGUGCUGAACCAGACCAGGCGCGAGAGUCGUGACCACGCCACCCUCAGUGACAUCUACACCAACAACGUCAUUCAGCGCUUGGCCCAGAUCAGUGAAGACGUCAUUCGCCUCUUCAAGAAGAGCAAGGAUAUCGGGAUCCAGAUGCACGAGGAGCUGGUGAAGGUGACCAAUGAACUCUACACUGUGAUGAAGACGUACCACAUGUACCACACGGAGAGCAUCAGCGCGGAGAGCAAGCUGAAGGAGGCAGAAAAACAGGAGGAGAAGCAGUUCAGCAAGUCAGGAGAUCUCAACGUAAACCUCCUGCGCCACGAAGACCGCCAGUCCCGACGCAGCUCUAGUAGGAAGAUCGAGAAAAUGAAAGAGAAGAGGCAAGCCAAAUACUCUGAGAAUAAGCUGAAGUGCACCAAAGCCCGCAAUGACUAUUUGUUGAACCUGGCAGCAACAAACGCAGUGGUGGCCAAAUAUUACAUCCACGAUGUCGCCGACAUGAUAGACUGCUGCGAUCUGGGAUACCACGCUAGCUUGGCACGGACCUUUAGGACCUACUUGUCGGCAGAGUACAACCUGGAGACGUCUCGCCACGAGGGACUCGAUGUCAUCGAGAACGCAGUGGACAACUUGGAUUCUCGAAGCGAUAAACACAAGCUCAUGGAUAUGCAUAACCAGGUGUUCUGCCCUCCCAUGCGCUUUGAGUACCUGCCACACAUGGGUGAUGAGGUGUGCCAGGUGAGUGCCCAGCAACCUGUCCAGACCGAGCUCUUGAUGCGCUACCACCAGCUACAGUCUCGCUUGGCUACACUGAAGAUUGAGAAUGAGGAGGUGAGAAAGACCUUGGACGCUACCAUGCAAACUCUGCAGGACAUGCUGACAGUGGAAGAUUUUGAUGUGUCAGACGCCUUCCAACAUAGCCGCUCCACUGAAUCCAUCAAGUCCCUGGCUUCCGAGUCCUACAUGAGCAAGAUGAAUGUAGCAAAGAGAAGAGCCAACCAACAGGAGACUGAAAUGUUCUACCUCUCAAAAUUCAAGGAGUACCUGAAUGGCAGUAAUCUCAUCAUUAAACUGCAGGCCAAGCAUGACUUACUGAAGCAGACCCUUGGCGAAGGGGAAAGAGCCGAGUGCGGAACCACAAGGCCCCCCACCCUCCCCCCUAAACCCCAGAAAAUGCGGAAGCUUAGACCACGCUCGGUCUAUAACCAUAAGCUGUUUAAUGGCAAUUUGGAGAGCUUCGUCAAGGAUUCAGGUCAAGCCAUUCCUCUUGUGGUUGAGAGCUGUGUCAGAUACAUCAACCUCUACGGCCUGCAGCAGCAAGGCAUCUUCCGAGUUCCUGGAUCACAGGUGGAAGUGAAUGAUAUCAAAAAUUCAUUUGAAAGAGGAGAAGAUCCCUUAAUAGACGACCACAAUGAGCACGAUAUCAACUCAGUGGCAGGAGUGCUUAAACUCUACUUCCGAGGCCUGGAGAACUCCCUCUUCCCAAAGGAACGUUUCCUGGACUUCAUUUCAACCAUCAAGUUGGAGUCGGGAGCAGAGCGAGCACGUCACAUCCAGCAGAUUGUUGUGACGCUGCCUCGGACUAUCAUCAUUGUCAUGAGAUACCUUUUUGCUUUUCUCAAUCAUCUCUCCCAAUACAGUGACGAGAACAUGAUGGAUCCAUACAACUUGGCCAUCUGCUUUGGUCCCACGCUGAUGCCCAUUCCUGACAGCCAGGACCCGGUGUCAUGCCAGGCGCAUGUGAACGAGGUCAUCAAGACUAUCAUUAUACACAAUGAAGUCAUCUUUCCCAGUCUACGGGAACUGGACGGCCCGGUCUAUGAAAAAUGCAUGACUGGAGGAGAGGAAUACUGUGACAGUCCUCACAGUGAGCCAGGAACUCUGGAUGAAGCCGACAAUGGAACUGAACCCCACACGAGUGAUGAAGAGGUUGAACAAAUCGAGGCCAUCGCUAAAUUCGAUUACGUGGGCCGCAGUCCGAGAGAACUGUCGUUCAAGAAGGGAGCGUCUCUGCUUCUCUAUCACCGUGCAUCCGAGGACUGGUGGGAGGGCCGACACAACGGCGUGGAUGGGCUGAUCCCUCAUCAAUACAUCGUCGUGCAAGAUGUGGAUGAUGCCUUCUCAGAUAACCUCAGUCAGAAAGCGGAUAGUGAAGCCAGCAGUGGGCCACUACUGGAUGAAAGAAGUUCCUCCAAAAACGACGGCCCCUCACCAUGUGAACAAUCGCCUGAUUACAAUUUUGGAGGCGUCAUGGGCAGGGUUCGCUUGCGUUCCGACGGAGCAGCCAUUCCUCGCCGUCGCAGCGGGGCAGACACUCAGAGUCCAACACGAGUACCCGACACUCCUCCGCGGGCCGCUGCCUGUCCCAGCAGUCCUCGCAAGAUGUCCGUCAACAAGGCGCGUAUGGAAAGCCCAGAAAAAAAGCGACUGGGGACCUUUGGUAGUUCCGGAAAUAUUAACUAUCCAGAAAGGAAGGUCUAUCCCGAGGGCCAUCCGCUGAGGCCCGUGUCAGGGGCCACACGCCAUAGCAGCCUUGGGGACCACAAGUCACUGGAAGCCGAGGCUCUGGCUGAGGACAUAGAGAAGACCAUGACCACGGCGCUCCAUGAGCUUCGUGAGCUGGAGCGGCAGAACUCAGCCAAGCAGGCUCCCGAUGUGGUUUUGGACACCUUGGAGCCCUUGAAGAACCCGGUUAGCUCAGAACCUGGCAGUCCCUUACACACCAUCAUGAUCCGCGACCCAGAUGCAGCCAUGCGCCGGAGCAACAGCUCCACCUCCGAGAUGAUGACCACCUUCAAGCCGACGCUCUCGGCCCGGCUCGCCGCCGGCGCUCAGUUGCGCCCGCCGCCCAUGAGGCCGCUGCGUCCCCCUCCCACCCAGCACCGCUCCAGCAGUUCUGGUUCUUCUGGGGUGGGCAGCCCGGCUGUAACGCCCACUGAUAAAAUGUUUCCCAGUAACAGCACGGCGGCCGGGUCCGGUAUGAAUGUGGCCAACGAUGCUGACAAAUCUGGCACCAUGUAGCGAAGGUCAAAUAAGAGGGCUGGAAAUGGGACUGCAACUCUUGAAUAAUAUUUUCGGCUACCUAGUUUAGAAAACAACGCAGCCUUUUAUUUGCGUGAUCAAUGCUCCACUCCAGUUAGUGACGAGGGAGGAGGGGGUAAAAGAAAGUAUCAUUUUGAGGUGCAGUGUUCAUAUCAGAGGAGCUGCUAGUAUGAUUUCUUUCUAAAAAUAAAAACAAGUUGCAGGGGAAUUUCCUGAAGACAUCGUUUGGCUUUAAACGCUCGGGGCCAUGUGUGGCAAACUGAUGCUUUAUCUCUGUUUUCUGCCUGACUUAACGCAUAUCUGUAGGAAGCUGCCGUAGUGAAGGGUUGCCAUGGUGAUGCAGAUGGGGAGAGGGCUGCAGAGGUGUGAUAGGUUCAAGCUUUGCCUUCUUUAUAACAAUACACAUGCAUGAGCAUCAUGCAUAUGUAUCUGCUUUUUACCUCAAGAACAACUAACAAAAAUCUGCAUCCAUGGAGUCAGAUUAUGGACAAUUGGAUUUUCCCCAGUGCAGUUUGAAUGCAUCAUUUGGAUUGGUGAAGAUGUUCAGGCACACUGGGGAGUUGAGGGAGAAAAACACAUUUGCGACAAUGUGUUUGUAAACCGGUGGAGGCGGACAGUGGUGCAUGUGCUGUAACAACAACUGUCCGGCAUGUGCGACCAGAAUGACAAGACACAACUAAUGAAUCCACUAAUUGUUAGAAUCCUCAAAUAUGUAAAUAUAGCAGGGAUUUUUUUUUUCUAAAUGUUUUGAUUUUGUACAGACUCAAUUUCAAAAAAGGAGAUCGUUGACAUGAAGGGAACUUAAAAAUAUCUCAACCAAACAACCCUUGUAAUCAUUUUCAAUUUAUUCUCUGUCUUUGUGAAAUCAUCAAACCUGCUGUUGUGCGUGUUUGAAUCCAGUUGCUGAGUGUGCUGUACUAAACUGAUGGCUGGAUGGGUUCACCGUCAUAUUCUUCAUAAAAGUCUUCAUUUGAAAAACUUGAAUUUCAGAGCAGCACGGAGGAAUAAUGAGAUCGGGGUUCCAAUGUGGGCUCCUUCCUUCUUGUGUGGAGUUUGUAUGUUCUCCCCAUGCACCAUCUUCCGUCUGUAGGACAAAAACAUUCAUGCUUUGAAGACUUGAGUGUGAGGAGCAACAUGGGUGAGGAGAAGCAAGAUGGAUUGAUGCCAUGUCUCGUGUUCUACUUAGAGAUUUGUUACAUCGAGAGAAAAAAAGUACAACACAGACGUUACAAAGAGGACCCACAGCACCACACUAUCAAUUAAGUUCAAUUUAUUAAUAACAUCAAAGCUCUUCUGAAUGAUGCAACAUUUGUUAAUUCAGCUCUAAUUUUUCGAAGUGUAAUGACUUAUCUCUUAUUAUAGAAACUCUGGAGUCAAAGUCGUACUGCAUGCUUUCUGGUGUAAUGUCAGCACUGUUGAUUAAAUGCUUCCAUGAUUGGCUUUGGCGGAUAAAACCUUGACUCAAAACUAUUUGAUUCUACCUGGCCUCAUAUUGAUCACUUAAUCCGUUUACAGGAAAAUGUACAAUACUCAAGCAUGCAAACGAAGCACUUUCUCAAUGCAAAAUAUUUGAUUUCCUACCAAGUACUGCCAAAAAUAGAGCAUCCCCACCUUUCUCAAGUUAUACUAGGCAUCUGCUCCCCCUGAUGGUUAUCGAUGGUACUGCCUUGUCAUCAGCAGUCCAUUUUACGCAACCUGUAAAAAGAUAUACUGUACUGUACUUUAGUUAUGUGUGUCUUUAUCAAACAUGACUUUUGCCCCUAUAAAAUUGUAUGUACAAAAUAUGAGAAUAUUCAAAAGAGACCACAAAAAAUACAGGAGAAUCGUGUUUGUCAGUUUUAUUUAUACAGCUAUGUGCAAAUGGAUGUCUAGAGUGCCUUUUGUGCACUGCAUUGAUUUUUUUUUUUUUUUAACUUUUGUAUUACUUUUUUAAUAUUAUUUGUCAUAUUUAUUAUGAAUGUUACUUUUCUAUGAUUACCUUCAAUUGCUCUUUUUGCAAUAAUUUGUCCAGGGUCAUUAUGAACUGUUUUUCCCGUGCUGAGUGACAGAUAAAAAAAAUAGAUUUAAAUACCACUAUGCACCUAAUCUACUGGUUAGCAAAUUCAGUAGAGUUUUCUCAGAAUAUUUAUUGCAUCUUGUUGUUUUCCCGGUGACGUGUCUGUGCUGUGCCUGAGCCAUAGAUUCAUCUUUUCCUUCUUGAACAAAGCAAACACAUUGCAGUGUUGCUGGGUAACGCACGAAUGAGGGUUCCUGCUUGUAGAGCUUAAAAGGCAAUUGUGUUUUCUCUACGUGUGAUGUAAAAAGUCAUUUUCUCUCGAUUGCGGAGCUGGUGCGAUAAUACAAUUAAAAUAAUAAUAAUAAUACAAAACACUUCUGUUAGAGAGACAACUGUGCCUGUCUUGUGAUGAUGGAAUGUGAGUUGUUGUCAAUCUUCUCUUUAAUUGUAUGUCUAGUGGUGAGUGUCUGGUUAAUUAGAAACCUGUGAUAUACCUUACCACUAAGAGGAUGAAAAAAAUGUGCAUCCAAAUAAAACCAUUAAUGCUCAA